AUGAAGGUACCAUUGUUUCUUGGGGGAGUGGAUCUAUUGAAAGUAGAAGCUUGGGUCCUUGGCAUUGAAAAACUAUUUGAAGUAUUCUCAUGCCUUGAAGCACAAAAAGUACAGUUGGCCACCUUUACACUAGAGGAUGAAGCAAGAAGGUGGUGGAUGCUAAUUCAAGAUGAUAGCAAGAGCAUAGACUGGACACGAUUUAUUGAACUCUUUUAUGAUAAAUACUAUCCACAGUGUGUCCAUGAUAGAAAUGUGUCUGAAUUUGGGGAGCUGAAGCAAGGCAAUAUGUCAGUGGCUGAGUAUGAGGCCAAGUUUACCGAAUUGGCUAGGUUUGCACCACAUAUGGUCGGCACAGACUAUAAAAAGGUGAGAAAAUUUGAGGAUGGUCUCCACAACGAUAUGUUGGAAAGGGUGAAUGUACUGAAAUUGCUACUUAUGUUGAUGUGCUAA